CUGGUAUCAUGCAUGCAGUUCGAAUCGGUCUGGUGGGAGAUGGGUUGGAUGGAUUUGAGGUUUAGGGUUUAUUUAUUCAUAUUAUUAUUUAUUCCAAACACAAACCGUUCCGACUUCCGAUCAUCGUUUCAUCAAUCCGUUUUCACUUUUCAGACUAUAAAUUCAAGCACUCCACUGUUCAGAAUCGUUGAAAUUUGAUCGCGAUUUCUCCAAUAUGGUCAGAUAAUCAUCCCAUCUCAAUCUUUCUGUAUCCAUGCCAAAAUUUACUAAUUCGAAGUUCGAAUUCACCUCUCAGACAUGAGUUUUCUCAAGGGCAUAAUCGAUUCCUUCAACUCGAUCCUGUCUUCUCCUUCAUCUUCCUCAUACGAGACUCAGCAAAACCCUAGCUCCUCCGAUCACUCGACAAUGGCGAGCGUGGCGGGGACUUCGGUCUCGAACGAGCGAAUUGCGUAUAAGCUCAAAGGCUAUUUCGAUUUGGCCAAAGAGGAGAUCGCUAAGGCCUUUCGGGCCGAAGAGUGGGGUUUGCCUGAUGACGCGAUUCUGCAUUACCAGAAUGCUCAGCGCAUAUUGAUGGAGGCCAUUUCAACGCCCGUGCCCUCGUACAUCAGCUCUAGUGAACAUGAGAAGGUGAAAUCUCUUCGCAACAAUAUAUCAAAAUGGCAGGGCCAUGUUUCGGAAAGACUUCAAACUCUAAGUCGCCGAACAGGUCAUACAUCAAUGGUUAAGAACACUUCUGCUAAGGCACAAGCAACAGCAGUUCAAUCAACAGCGUCUAAUGCUAGAAAACAUGCAUUCCCAAAGUCUGCUGGUUCCCAUAGACAUGGUUCAGUUUUGAGAAGCCAGACAAAUAAUGUUGUAAGCUCAAAGCCUGCACAAGACACUGGUUCCGGUUGUGAUUCAAAAUUGGUUGAAAUGAUAAAUUCUACGAUUGUAGACAGGAGUCCUUCUGUUAAGUGGGAAGAUAUUGCUGGUCUUGAAAAGGCAAAACAAGCUUUGUUGGAGAUGGUAAUUCUACCAACUAAAAGAAAAGACUUGUUUACUGGUCUUCGUCGCCCUGCUAGAGGUUUGCUUCUUUUUGGUCCACCUGGUACUGGAAAGACCAUGCUUGCCAAAGCUGUUGCUUCACAGUCACAGGCAACAUUUUUCAAUGUUUCUGCUUCUUCCCUAACAUCAAAGUGGGUGGGGGAAGGUGAAAAGCUCGUUAGGGCACUCUUUAUGGUUGCUGUAUCUAGACAGCCAUCUGUUAUUUUCAUUGAUGAGAUUGAUAGCAUCAUGUCAACAAGGUUAGCAAAUGAGCAUGAUUCAAGCAGAAGAUUAAAGUCAGAAUUUCUAGUUCAGUUUGAUGGGGUGACCUCAAAUUCUGACGAUCUAGUGAUUGUUAUUGGUGCAACUAAUAAGCCACAAGAAUUGGAUGAUGCAGUUCUUAGGAGAUUGGUGAAGAGAAUAUAUAUUCCUUUACCGAAUGCCGAUGUCAGGAUACUUCUAUUGAAACACAAACUCAAAGGCCAAGCUUUUUCCUUGCAUGCUAGAGACCUAGAAAGGCUUGCGGAAGAGACAGAAGGAUACUCUGGAAGUGAUCUACAAGCCUUGUGUGAAGAAGCUGCAAUGAUGCCAAUUAGGGAGCUUGGUGCUAACAUUCUCACCGUUGAGGCAAAUCAGGGCAAGGGUUCCAGGUUGGUGCUACUUCAGGGAUACCUUAAGGAUAGGCUAUAUUGGCUGAUUCCAGCAUUUGAUCAUGCUGCUCACAGCAGCUCGACCCAGUCUAUCAAGCCUUUGUUUGCUAAUAAUGAUUUUCUUUUGAAUAAAUGUAAUAGACAAAACUCAUUUUGUCAUGAACUGUCACAUAGUGCAAAUAUAGCCCAAAAUACUAAUGUGUGCUAGCAAUGGCAUGUAAGAUUAGGGCAUCCACCUUCCAAUGUAUUGAAAUCUGUUUUGAAUAAAAUUCACCUUAUUCACAUUUAGCUCUUCUAUUUUGUGAUUCUUGUAAACUUGACAAAUUGCAUCAACUUCCUUUUGCUGAUUGUGAAAUCAAGUCAACUAAACCAUUGGAGUUGGUUUAUUCAGACUUAUGGGGUCCCUCACCUAUCAUGUCUAUUGAAGGAUAUAGAUAUUAUAUUGUUUUUGUGGAUGUAUACACUAGAUGCACCUAGCUAUAGCUCUAUCCACUUUUACAAUCUUUCACAAGUUUGCUAAGCUUCAAUGUCAGACUAAACUUAAAACCUUACAACCUUGUUUACUUGCCCCUAUACUCACCAAUAGAAUGGCGUGGUUGAAAGGAAACACAAACACAUAGCUGAAAUGGGCCUCACUCUGUUAGCUCAUGCUCAUAUGCCAUUAAAGUUUUGGGUAGAAGCCUUUCAGGCUGUUGCUCAUACAAUUAACCUGUUACCAACUUCUCCCAUCAAGUUUAAUAUGCUCUUUGACUUACUCUACCACAAACCACCCAAUUAUUUCUUGCUACAACUGUUUGGUUGUGAUUGUUUUCCCUAUCUUAGAGCCUAUAACAAGCACAAGUUUGAUUUCCACUCUACGAAAUGUGUCUUCCUUGGAUAUAGCCACGCUCAAGCCGGUUACAAGUGUUUGCAUCCAUUGAGAAAGGUGUAUGUUUCUAGACAUGUGCAGUUCAAUCCUAAUGAUUUUUCCUUUCCUACUUUGUUUCCUUCCACCUCAUCUACUUCUUCAUCACAGUCAGCUCCAAAUGGGUUUUCUACUUCAUUCUUCCAAUCUCUUCCUUCUUUCACUUAUGUUUCUUCUUCUCCUCAAGUAGCACAACCCUCAGCUCCUGUCAUGCUGACCUCUAUUUCACCUGAUUCACAAGUUUCUUCUACUGAGUCCGUGUCUUCUUAUCAUGAGAUACAAUCUCCUUAUUCUCAACCACCUGCACCUAAAUCUUGUUUACCUAGACCCAAAAUUGCUUCCACAUUGGCAGAUAUCGAUGCUGAGGAUUUGGUGUUGGUCUUAGCAGAGGUAAGUAAAGCAAGUGCUUCAAGAGAGCUUGAAAUACUUGUUGAACAAAGAGAUGUUUUCUCUUUCAUCCAUAAGAUAAAGCCAUGAAGGAAAAAGAACAAGAGGCCCAAGAAAAGAGAAAAGAAUAAGUAAAGGCAAAGGAUAAAUCAGAUAGUGAAAACUAGAAUUGGAUGAAGAAAUAGUGGCACAAUAGUAGUAGUUUCUUGGGGACAAGAAACCUCUCAAGGAGGGGGGAUUGUCACAACCCCAAGGGUAUAGUAGUAAAUGUACUAGUAGUUGUAGUACAAUGCAUUGGUUGUAUUGUACCUUAGGCUGCUGAUUCAUGUUGUACCUUUCAGUUAACUACUAAUUGAAAGAUAGAACAACCUAUAAAUAAACUAGAGUAGUUAGAGAAUGUAUCGUGGAAUGAUAAUCAUAUUGUCUUUCUCAGAUUCUCUCUCUUUCUCUUGGUCCUCCCUAAUUUCCCUUUCAAUUCUUUGUUCUCCCUCUCUUUCUGUCUAAUUCUCUCUCCAAUUCACGUUUUCUACCUAAAAAGCCCUAACUCAGAUCUUAGGAGUGUGACAAAAAACUUGGAAAUAACUUAUGAAUUGUCUUAAGAGAAGCCUUGUGGAGGGUUUUAAAGAAAAAAAAAGUUAAAGUUGCUUAAUAUACAAGUUACUAAAAACAUGUAUUAUCAAGUAAAAAUAUGUUUUAAGACUUGUGAAAGAGAUACUAAUGGUUUUCAAUUAAAAUUGAAUUAUAUUAAGGACCUAUACUGUAAAAAGAUUUGCCUAGGAUUAAGUCUUGAGACUCAGGAGAGGAAAGAAUCAGAGAAUGAUGCGGGUAUCAACAGUUUUCUAGAAGUCCGUUAGUUAUAUUGUAGCAGUAACUGCCACGUGUAUAAGGUAGGUACCAGUUCUAUUUAAAUCCUUGUAACUCCCGCCCUCUAUGGUUUAUAAAUAAAAGGCCGGGGGGGGGCAUUUCAACUGAUGAUGUCAUUCUAUCUUGAGAGAAAGAGUAUGUGUUGUGUAUGCUAGAGAGAAGUUUGUGUUAUAGCUUUGUGUCAUGGCCUAAGCUUGACAAUUGUCUCUCUUCCUAUUCGCUAUGAAUGGGAAGAUGUUCCCAAAGGAACGGAGUACUAAGCCGAGGAAAGAAAGAAAGGAGAGAAAGAGAGAAUUGAGAGAGUAAGAAUGAGAGAGGGGGGAUAAAAUAUUUAGAUAUUCUUCAUUGAUACCCAAGGAAAUCGUUAGGAGAUGAUUUAUACAGCCUACCAAGGCAUAUUCCUACAGCUAGGUGGUUGUAACUGUCUAUUGCCAGCUAUAUCCACAUGCACGUGGAUUCCCUAGGCUAACAAUCUCUAAUAGAAUCGGAAUUACAAUAGUGAGUAAAAAUAAUAGUAAGAAAAUUAUAGUAAUAAAAGAAACAAGAAAUUAAGAAUUGAAAAUUCUUCCUAGGGUCAAGUUCAUAGCGUGACAUUUUCCCCUUGUUAAAAAAUUCUUGUCCUCAAGAAAUGUUGAGGAGAUUAGUCGAUCUAGGAAACUGCUUGAGUAAAUUAGGAAGAUAUUCUCAAGUGUUGUCCUCAACUGUACCAUCUUUCCACUUGACCAAAACCUAGAUAAGGGGUGUCCCUUGCUUGUAUAUGACCUUUCUGUCCAUUAUAGCCUCCGGUUCUACGGCCUUACUGAUCUCUUUAGGUAGUGUAGGUAAGGAAGGGCUCACCCUUUGUGUUCCUACAGACUUAUUUAAGAGUGAAAUGUGAAACACUGGGUGGAUGUGAGAGUCUUUUGGGAGCUACAGUCGAUGGGCCACUUGCCCAAUCUUAGCAAUUAUGGGAAAGGGCCCAUAAUACUUAGGACUAAGCCUGUCCUUGAGAUAUAGACUUCAAAUGGACCUGCAAAUAUACCUCUUCUCCCACAGCCAAUUCCUUCUCUCCUUCUGCGGUCUGAAAAUUGCUUCAUCCUAUUCUAGGUUGAAGCUAACUCCCUUUUCAGCUAUUGUAAAACCUUCUUUCUCUGCUGCAUAUAAUCCUCUACAAUGGCCACUGUUGAAUAAUUUCCCACUGUUGGCAGAAUAAGCGGUUUGUAUCCAAAUAGGGCCUCAAAUGGGGACAUUUUAAGGGAUGUGUGGUGGUUGGAAUUGUAUCACCACUAGGUCAAAGAUAGCCACCUAUGUCAGCUCUUAGGAUGUAGGAAACUCACACACCUCAAGUACGUUUCUAAGCUUUUAUUAACUCUUUUUGUCGGCUAUCAACCUGGGGAUGAUAGGCUGUGGACAUGUUCAACUUUGUUCCCAAUGCUUUCAUGAGCUCCUGCCAUAAGAGGUUGGUAAAAAUCUUAUCACAAUUUGAUGUUACGGUCUUAGGAACCCCAUGCAUUUUCACCACUUGAUUCAGAAAAAUUCUAGCCACAUCUUAGGCUGUAAAGGGGUGAGUGAGCCCUAUAAAAUGAGCAAAAAUUCUAGCCACGUCUUUGGGCUUCAUUUUGACAUGAUGGUAGCCAAACCUAAGGUCAAGUUUUGAAAAGAAAUAGGCAUCAUGUAGUUCAUCCAUCAAGUCCUCCGCUAAGGGUAUAGAGAAUUUAUCUUUAAUAGUUAAAGCAUUCAAUUUACAGUAGUCAACACAAAAACGCCAAGACCUAUCCUUCUUUUUAACUAGGAGGAUUGGCGAGGCAAAAGGGCUUUGGCUAUGUCUUAUGAAGGAUCGGUUUAACAUAUCCUUCACCAUCUUUUCAAUUUCAAUUUUCUGGGUUGGGGAGUACCUAUAGGACCUGAUGUUGAUGGGUUCAGCAUUAGGCUUCAAGUUUAUGGAGUGAUCCAAGGUUCGGGUUGGAGGUAAUGGUUGUGGGUUCAACAAAUAAGUCCUUGUAGUUAUCCAACAAUUCAUCAAUUAGGUGCUGAGAAUGUACCUGGUUAAGCUCUCGGGGCUGAGAUGUGACUGUCAAGUGCACCUCCCCUUGCAACUCCUUCUUAGGCCCUUCCUCCACUAUCAUCAGUGAGCCUUCCCCCAUGGCCACCAGUGAUAACAAUUGAGACAAUUGACACCAUUUGUUCUUGAGCAUUUUGUACAAUUUCUUUCCUGAGAUCAUUUUGCAAGAAAUGGUUUCCCUUUCCCCAGUCAGUGUCAUUUUCUUUCCUCCAUUGUCAAAGUAAACCUCCAUUCUAUUGAAGUCAAAACUGAUGGAGCUUACUCCCUUCAUCCAGUCAACCCCCAACACCACAUCACAUUUCCCUAAUUGUAGUAGCCUCAAAUCCGCCUCAAAUUUCUCUCUUUGCAUCUCCCAAGUAUACCCGUGGCAUGCUGAUUUGCUAAGUACCCUAUUAUCAUUUGCUACUGUCACACUUAGAGGUUGAGUUCGCUGGAGCAAGCAUUUAUUUUAGCCUCUUAGCUGUCCCUUCAGAAAGCUAUGUGUGCUUCCACUAUCAAUUAGGAUCAGCAAGUUAUGAUUCUUCAUACUCUCUGGUACCUUAAUUAUUUUGUUGUUAGUCACUCCCUUGAGUGCAUGCAGUGAAAUUUCUCCGUUGUUUUCCUCUUUUGAUUCACCACUCUCUUUUACUUCCUCUUUAGACCCCUCAGCUUUAUCCUCCUCUUCUCCUUCCAACAAUAAAAUUUGCCUCCUACAUUGAUGUUCGGGAUGAUACUUAUCCCUACAUCUAAAACAGAGGCCAACCAACCUUCUUUGCUCUCUUAAUUGCUCCCUAUAAGGCACGGUGCUGGGCCCUGUCCCCUGUUUCGUACUUCCUCUACUCUUGCCUACUUCUCUGUUAACAUAUUUGACUCCUCCGCUGGCUGAUCCCACUGUUAACCUCUUGUGUUGUUGCCUCUGCUUCUUCAUAAGUGCUUUUACAAUCAUUUCUUGUAACCUUGCACUUUCAAUCGCUUGUACUACUAUUUGGGGCCUAAUCAUCUUUAUCAUUGGCCUUAUGUCCUCACUAAGCCCACUCAAGAAGCUUAAUACGAAAUAAACUUUAGUAAGGUGUGGGUUUUGUUGAGUCAUAUAGGACCUCAAAUCCCUUUUAAGUAAAUUUCUACACUUCCAGUUUGUUUUAGCUUGUUGAACUCCUCAACGGUGUCCACUCUAUUUCUUUCUCCAAAUCUUUCACAUGGUUUGGCUACAAACUCAUCCCAGGUGAAUUUGUUCUGCACACUUACACCCCCCUUGGAACCAGGCAUCAACAGCCUCAUUAAAGUAGGCUGCAACGAGUGUUACUCGUUGCCUCAUUGGUAUAUUAUUGCACACGAAGACCCUCUCACAUUUCCUUAUCCACCAUCGGGGGUUGAUCCCCUCAAAUAUAGGAAUUUCCAUCUGGGGCAUGGUGAACCUCGGGUGUUGCCCAUUAGGUGUGCCAUUCCUAUCGUUUUCCACCACUCCUUCCAACGUUUCUUUUGAAUCAGCCUCUAUUUCUGCAUUGGCACGACCCCUACCUCCCUCAUUUCUAUGCAAUAUAGGCUCAUUUCUAUCUCUAGGGGGAAAGUUUUCAACCAUCCUUACCUGGUUUUGGCGUGUGAACAUUACCAUAAAUUGUUGUUUGUCAUCUCGCAGCCUAGCCAUUGACCCAUCUAGCCUCUUCUCCAUACCUUCCAGCCUCUGCCCCAUUCCUUCCGGGGCACCAUCCAUCCUGCUAUCCAUAGCCCAGAUCGUCUCUCAAUUUUGGGCUUCUCCCGCCUCCAUCUGGCCCAUCCUAUUCUAGAGCUCGGUCAUUGUUGAGCUAAUUUGUUGCAGUUGCAUCUCAAAAUUCCUCAUGCGCAUUCUGUUCGCCAUCCUCACUUCUACUGUUAUGCCUAGGACUGAUGCUCUGAUACCAGUUUGUCACAAACCCAAUGUGACAAUGUAAUCCACCUUCUAAUUCGAUAUGAAUUAGAGGGGUCAGUAGGGAUUUUAGAGAAGAUGAAGUAGGUAAGAGAGAGAUUAGAAAGGGAGGAAGAGAAGAGGAGAGAAAAUAGAGAGAUGAUAAUAGAGAAAUGAUAGAAUUCUUUCUAAUUUUUCAUGUCGUUACAAGCUGAGUCUAGAGGAUAUAUAAACCUCUAGCAUGGGUGCUGCCACAGCAGAUCCCACCCCUAAUAACCAACUCUUUUGUCUUUUUCCCAGGCCCCUUUACACGUGAAAUACCCCCUAAAAUAUCCUACCCUUACAGCUGUAAUAUCUCAACUAAUACAAAUGCAUAAAGUAAAUAAAACAUAACAAUAUAACAUAAAGGAAAUGACUAAGAAAGUUCAAAUUUGUCAAUAAACGGCGGAUGUCGCGCUUAGAUCAUAGUGGUGACAUGAAGAAUGCAAAGGUUAGAAUUGGACAUGAUUCUGAUAUAACUAAAAAGCUCUUUAAAUUCUCUACGACAAAUUUUCUGUUGAAUUAAAAAAAAGUACAUAGUAAAUUUGAAGUUUUCCUAUUCCACUCCCCAAGUUUGUGCUUGGACUCUUUUAACUUCAAAAGCAUUUUAUCAUAGAUCAUGCAUAUGUAGACGCACUUUAAGAACUGAUCAAGGUGACUGUAGGUGCUACAUUGAGUUAAUACUAAAAUUCAAUUUUUAUCACUAUAUUAAAUUUACUAAAUCUUGUCUCAUAUGGGCCGCUGUACCAGGUGGGGUUCUAGAGAAUUAGUGAUCAAUUCAUACUGAACUUUUUCGAACUCAAAAAUCCCAUCAACAAUGGCACAGCUGAAAAUUGUAAUGUUAGGCAGGGAACUAGUACAUGACCACUGCUCAAUCUGCCUAAGAAUUGGUUCCUUAGAAUCAUGACAGUUCUCCCCUUAUAAGGAAAAUAAAAUGGAUCAGAUUAAAGGACCCCUGCCUGGCUGCUGCUAUUUUCCUUUGAAUGAUUUAAGAUCUUUGGGAAAGUUGAUCACGUUGUCAUUAUUGUCUAGGCAUAUUUAUUCUGCUUCAGACAUAGACAAUGAACGAUUGUGAUGCUGAAUUUGCCUUCUUCCCUGUAUAUCAUUUUUGUUGAUACCCUUG